UCUGACCCAUUCGCGUUUUAAUAUUUACAGUCAUUUGUUUGCGUUCGCUCCCUGAACUUUCCACAGUCACUUCUUGAGUUUUACCGACACGAUGGACACUGGUGACGACGUGAGGGAAAAUGUUAAGAAAUACUAUGGCAGUCUCCUGGAGUCCACUGUGGAUGUGAAGACAAGUGCUCCCUCCUGCAGCUUGUCCUGCGGCAUGGUGAAGAGUGUGACAGAUGCACUGAGCCUGAUUCAUCCGGAGGUGACUAAAAAAUUCUUCGGCUGUGGUCUUCCCUUUGCAGCAAAGCUUGAAGGCUGCCGAGUCCUGGACCUCGGCAGCGGCUCCGGCAGAGACUCUUACGCCUACAGUAAACUUGUUGGACCCACCGGACAUGUGACAGGGAUAGAUAUGACUGAGGAGCUGAUCAACACCUCUCGUCAGUACAUUGAGUAUCAUCAGAAGAAGUUUGGCUAUAAAGAGCCCAACAUCACGUUUUCCCAGGGAUACAUGGAGAAGCUCAGCGAGGCCGGCAUACAAAAUGACUCAAUGGAUGUUGUGCUAUCCAACUGUGUAAUCUGUUUAUGUGCUGAUAAAAGAGCAGUGCUACAGCAGGCCUACAAUGUCCUGAAGGAGGGAGGUGAGCUGUACUUCAGUGACAUGUACGCCAGCAAAGUCGUUCCUGAUCACAUGACGAAAGAUGUAGUCCUGUGGGGUGAAGGAUUGGGCGGCUCCAUGUAUUGGCAGGAUUUUAUUACAUUGGCCCAAAGCGUUGGUUUCAGCACCCCACACCUUGUUUCAGCGAGCCGCAUUGUGAUCUACAACUGUGAGCUCAAAGAAAAAGCAGGCGACAUCAGCUAUGCUUCUGUCACUUACCGACUCUUUAAGCUGCCAAAAAAUGCGGUCCUGUCUGCAGCAACAGUGACCUAUAAAGGGACCGUGGCAGAUUUCCCUGAUCAGCUGGUCUUUGAUUCCUCUCACAGCUUCAAGAAAGAUGUGGCAGCGGAGGUAGAUGGAGAGAUGGCAGCAAUCCUCCAGAGUUCCCGUUUCAUCACGGAUUUCCAAAUCCAGAUGUCAGAUAGACCAGCUGAGUCCAGCUCGGCUUCAACACAGCAGUACUGCCACCUCAAUCCAUUCCUGCUGGCUGACAAACUUGGAUCCUCAGUGAAACAAUGUUCCAAAACAGGCAAAUAAAGAUGAAGCUGCAUCCUGUGUUAGCAUAACAACGGUACAGAAAUAAAUACUAAUCAAAUGUUUUUAGAAUAUGUAAGCUGAUUUUGGGACAUUAUAGAUGGAUCAUUUUUAUCGCGUAACUUUCAGAUUUUUUUGAACAGACCAUUAAUACUCUCAUGAUUAUUAUAAGGGUCCACAAACAAAAAUAGCACAUUUGUACUAAACCAUAAAAGCUAAUUCACAAAGUCAUACAUGUUUUUUUUCUUACUAGUCGGUAUUGAUGUUUUAUGUAGCAGAUGCUUAACUACCUAAAGUUAAAAAGAUGUGUAAAAACCUUCUGCUUACUUGUAUACUUCGGUCAUCCUGCACCAUAAAACUGUGACAGGUAUAAUUCAUUA